CCAAAAUGAUGACAGAGCAAAGAAACGGAGAGAUGGAAGUGUUGGAAAAACCGGGAGAGGAGAUGGCCAUGGAGAUCGACGGCCAGGGUAGCAUCUCGAGAUCAUCCAAGAUCGUCGAUCUCCUCCGUCGAUUUCUCAGUAUUCAGCAGCGAAGAGCAGAAGCUUACUCAAAGCUACGGAGUGGGUUUGCCGAAUACAUGGUGAGCGGUGGAGAUUUGGCGUACCAACAACUCUGCAGUGAGAUCACAAUAGAGUUCAACGAUUGCUCGAAACAAGUUCUUGAAAUGGAAUCAUUGCUUUUGAACCCAGAUUUUUGUCGAGAUGACCUUGCCGGUCUGCUGAAGGCUGUUCAAGCGCAGGAAAAGCAGAAAUUGCAUCUGACGGCCACGAUUCAGAUCUUGAAGAAGGCGGGCCGCCCCUCAGAGCGGCUGGUGAGCCAUGAACACUGCAGGUUCAGGAAGCCAGCAGAGCACGAGUGUGUACAUGUGCACGAGUUAACGGAAGCUAUGGGGACGGAGGAUGCAGAGGCAGAUGCAGAGUACGACGGCGCUCUCAAGGAAGCUAUCAAAGGAGUACAGGAUGCAGUGACAAGCAUAAAUGAGCACUUGGAGGAAGUCCGAUAUGAAAUAGAGGCUCUUGAAGUGGAGUAAUUAAGAAGCAAUGGGCCAAGAUCACUGUAGAAGUACAUAAGGUUUAGGUUCAUCAAACCUACAGAAAAAGAUUACAUCACUGGUACAGAUCUGAAAGUGGUGAUUAUUAACAUCUUGGUUGUAUAGGGAUGGGGAUGCACUCUUCUCCUCACUCUUUUAGAGCAAGGCCUUGCUGAAAUGAUGCAUCUGAUUUCAUGUGUUAUUGCCCACAGGGUUAUGGAAUUACAUGGAUGUAAAGGUUCAAGAUGCCCUGACAGUGGGCCCAUGGCAGAUGGAGCAUAGCAUAAUAUUACAUGGAUUUGUUGGUAAUAAUAGCUUCCUGCUUGUGGCCUUGGAAUA